UGUCCCGUCAGAGUGUUCACUAUCUGUUGGUAUUCUCUCCAGCUCUGUCAACUCCAUCCUUCCCACCAUGAGUCGCCAGCUGAACAUCAAGCCUGGUGGUGACAAGGGUGGCUUCAGUGGGCGCUCAGCCGUGGUGCUGAGGAAGGCUGUGGGCAGUAUGGCUUCUUGCCGUGCCGCUGGCAAAGGACCUGGGGCUGGCUUCAGCAGUCGGAGCCUCUAUAGUCUUGGAGGGAAUCGGUGUAUUUCCUUCAAUACGGCUGGCGGUGGUGUUUGGACUGGAGGUUACAGCUUUGGGCCUGGCUCUGGAUAUGGAGGGGGCCGGGCGACUGGCUUUGCCGGCAGCAUGUUUGGCAGUGUGGCCUCGGGGCCCGUGUGCCCAUCCAUGUGCCCACCCGGGGGCAUCCACCAGGUCACCAUCAACAAGAGCCUCCUGGCCCCCCUCAACGUGGAGCUGGACCCUGAGAUCCAGAAAGUGCGCACCCAGGAGCGGGAGCAGAUCAAAGCUCUGAACAACAAGUUCGCCUCCUUCAUCGACAAGGUGCGCUUCCUGGAGCAGCAGAACCAGGUGCUGGAGACCAAGUGGGAGCUGCUACAGCAGCUGGACCUGAGCAGCUGCAGGAAGAACCUGGAGCCCAUCCUCGAGGGCUACAUCAGCAACCUGCAGAAGCAGCUGGAGACGCUGUCCGGGGACAGGGUGCGGCUGGACUCGGAGCUGCGGAACGUGCGGGACGUGGUGGAGGACUACAAGAAGAGGUAUGAGGUGGAGAUUAAUCAGCGCACAACAGCUGAGAAUGAGUUUGUGGUGCUCAAGAAGGAUGUGGAUGCAGCCUACACGGUCAAGGUGGAGCUUCAGGCCAAAGUAGACUCUCUGGAUAAAGACAUCAAGUUCCUCAAGUGUUUGUAUGACGCGGAGAUGGCCCAGAUCCAGACUCAUGCCAGUGAGACCUCUGUUAUCCUUUCCAUGGACAACAACCGGGAUCUGGACCUGGACAGCAUCAUCGCCAAGGUCCGAGCUCAGUAUGAGGAGAUCGCCCUGAAGAGCAAGGCAGAGGCUGAGGCCCUGUACCAGAGCAAGAUCCAAGAGCUGCAGCUGGCAGCCGGCCGGCACGGUGAUGACCUCAAACACACCAAGAACGAGAUGUCAGAGCUGAACCGGCUCAUCCAGAGGAUCCGGUGUGAGAUUGCCAAUGUGAAGAAGCAGUGUGCCAACCUGGAGACGGCCAUCGCCGAUGCCGAGCAGCGGGGCGACAGUGCCCUGAAGGAUGCCCGGGCCAAGCUGGACGAGCUGGAGGCUGCCCUGCACCAGGCCAAGGAGGAGCUGGCCCGGAUGCUGCGGGAGUACCAGGAGCUCAUGAGCCUGAAGCUGGCCCUGGACAUGGAGAUCGCCACCUACCGCAAGCUGCUGGAGGGCGAGGAGUGCAGGAUGUCUGGUGAGAAUCCAUCGUCUGUGAGCAUCUCUGUCAUCAGCAGCGGUGGAAACAGUUACUACCACCCCAGCACCUCUGGCAGUGCUGACACGGGGCCCAGUGGCCUGGCGGGCAGCUCCAGCAGCACUUGGGCCGGACAGUCCAGGGCCAAAGGGGCACGAGUGGGAGACCUCAAGGAUGCCCGGGGCAAGAGCGCCCCCUCCAGGAAAGCUACCCGAUAAACUCCCGGCACCAGGGAGAAGAGAGAUCCUGGCCACCGCCCUACCUGGAGUUGUCUGCUGUCCCCCACCCUCCACCCCGAGUCCCGGGACUGUCUGUAGAGGGCUCGGCCACCCGUGCCGUGCCUCCCCUGACUGUCCUGUUUCCUCGGGUACCGCGUGGACUCUGACUUCUUGUUUCCCCUUACUGCCUUCAGGAGGCUUUGGGGCACAGGCUCCAAUUACCUUCUUGGCCCUGGGAAGCUCUGGUUCUCCCCAGAAGAAGAGGGGAAGGGGGUGGCGGAGAGGGAGGGGAGGGGGGAAUAGUCUUGCUGUGUGCUGAGGCUGAGGCUCAUUCCAUGUGCACCCAGGAGGCAAGCGGUCAGCCAGCCCUUGCCUGUCCCCUCAGAAAGGUCUUUGCCGAAUGACUCCAUUAUUUAGGAGAAAAGGUGUCCUCUCUCAGACCACCAGCUGUAUCUGUCUCUACAAAGCCAAGUGACAGAGAACGUAGGGAUCUCCUGCCACCUUGGGUCACCCACCACUCCUCCCUUACUGGUAAUAGCUACAACCAUAUGCUAAGCACCUGCUACGUGCCAGGCUCCCCGCAUGCCUGUCUUUCUUACCCAACCUGCUGGGUGGAUGCAACCAGCAUCCUCAGGACAGAGGAGAAGCCCCAUCCUCUGAGAGGCUGUAGAAUCUGUCCCUGUGACCCACGAAGUACCAGGGCCACGAGUCAAGCCCAGGUCUGGCUGACUCCAGGGUCUAUAUACUUUCCAUGGCACAUCACUGCCUCUUUCACAAAGGGAGUUUUUUUGAACCCAUGGUUCUUUUGAUGAGGGCAGCAUGAUUAUGUUGCCUUUUUGUUGAGGACUGUGGGUGUGUGACUUAUCUUGAGUGCUCUCUCUGGGGCUGUAUCCUGCUGUGCUUGUGAUUCUCAAUUCUUGUUGCUAUGAGCUGUGCUUGGUGGGGGGAGCUUGAUCUAUCUCUGAUGGUACUGCCCAGGCCAGAAGUCAUGGCUCUUGAUGUAAAUAUUCCUAAAAAUGGUCACACCCAGUCCCUUCUUUGCUUGAGUUAAGAACUCUGGAUUCCUGCUGUACAAUCAAUAAACUGCCCUUGAGUAA